CAGCCCAGCUCGGCUGUCUGAAGUCAGUCAGUCAGAGAGGCGUCACAGCGAGCAGCGGCUUCCUCCUAAAAACAAAAGCAAAAGAAACUCGGGAUGAAAGAGUUGCUGGUGUCGUGGAUUUGACGGUGACAACGAGAGUGACCUGGAGCCAGAGUUCCUGGUCAGCAGUGAAGAUGUCCCUCAUCCCAGUUGUACCAGAGAACUACACUCAUGUCCUGGCAGAGUUUGACUGUCUGGACCCACUUCUGUCUGCACUGCGCUUGGACUCUGGCAGACUCAAGUGCACUUGUUUGGCGGUGUCGAGGAAGUGGUUAGCCUUAGGAACCUCAGCAGGGGGUUUGCACCUGAUUCAGAAGGAGGGAUGGAAACAAAGGCUAAUCCUCACUCACAAGGAGGGAUCCAUCACUCAGGUGGCGUGUUGUCCUCACGAUGAAGAUUACAUAGCUGUGGCAACAAGCCAGGGUCUGGUGGUUGUGUGGGAGCUGCAGCUGGAGCGACGAGGACGUCCAGAGAGGGUCAGUGUAUCCUGGGAGCACAGAGGCCAGACUGUCACCGCACUCUGCUGGGACACAGGCACGCUCAGAGUUUUUGUGGGUGACUCUGCAGGGAAGGUGUCUUUUCUGCGUGCAGGAUCCACCAAACUAGGAAAGGGGGCAGCAUUUGUCAUCUUUCCUGUGCAGACCAUCACCACUGUGGACUCGAAGGUGGUUCAGCUCGGGUACCAGGAUGGCCGUCUGCUGGUAUCUUCACUCAGCCGAUGUUACCUCUGUGACACAGAAAAAGAAAAAUUCUGGCGGGUUGGAAAUAAAGAGCGUGACGGCGAAUACGGAGCCUGCUUUUUCCCUCAGAAUAAGGGUGUGCUGGUUGGUCAGCCACCUCUGCUGUACUGCGCUCGACCAGGGUCUCGAAUAUGGGAGGCCAGUUUUCACGGCGAGGUCCUGAGCACCCAUCAGUUCAAGCAGCUGCUGGGCAGCCCUCCUCUACCUCUGGUCACUUAUAGAAAUGAGCCUCAUUACAACCCAGGACAGAAGAGCCCACAGUCCAUUGCCUUUUCUAAACUGCUAUAUUUGGGAGACCAAAACCUGUUGACCUGGACUGAUUCAGCCAUUUACAUCUUCACUCCUCAGACUGGACAGCUGCUUCUGUGGACUCAAGUCAAAGACCUGGUUGACAUCGCAGUCUACCGCAGCGACCUCUUCUGUCUCCACAGCGGCGGCCGUCUCUCCCAUCUCUCCCUGUUAUCUGCAGAGCGUUGUGUGGAACGUCUAGUGCGACGGGAGUCCUGGCCUCUGGCUGCUUCUAUCUGCUGCAUGUUUCAGCAUGCAGUCACCACCAGCAGGGCCAGGAAAACCAUUCCUAUCGACCGCCUCGAGCACCUCAGGUCUCAGCUCAACGCCACCUCGCACCAGGAGCUGAUUGGUCAGCUGGAUGACGUCAUUGCUAAGCUGGAGCCUCUGGACUCUGCGUCCAGCAGCCGCAGGAGCAGCAUCUCUUCACAUGAGAGCUUCAACGUUCUCGACUGUGGGAUUUACCGUGUGAUCAGCCGCAGAGGAAGUCAGUCAGAUGAGGAGACGGGUUCGCUCAUCAACCAUUCCCUGUCAGAGGAGGAAAGGCUGAAAGACUUCAGCUUUGUUCAGGAGGAAGAUCAAGUGGAUCCAGAUCUACAGAGCAGCGAGCGACCCGAGGCUGAGCGGCCAGAGCAGGGCAUGCAGUUUCACCUGCCGCUCUCAUUUCGACCCAAACCCACGCGCAUUGCACUUCAAGCCGUCAAAGACAGUGUUUCCAGUUUUGUAAAGAAGACGACAGAAAAGAUCAACACCCUCCAGAUGAACUCUGACCUGUGGCAGCGACCUGAAUCAAGAGAGGGCGGUCACCCUGAACUGUCAGUGACCACAGCUAUGUAUUUAGAGGAAAUGGACAACGAGAUUUAUGAUGAAAUUCCAAACACGGAGGUGGACAUGCAGGAUCUUCGAACAGCAACACAGCGAGCCAUAUCUCAGAUCCACGACCCUUUGUUGUUACUUGAUCCAGUCUGCCUCGGAGAAGUCCUGCUGGAGUGGCUGCCUGUGCUGCAGCGAGUCCUCGGCCCUGCAGAUCUCAGACCAGCUUCCCUGAGCGAUUUAGGGGAGAAGAGAUGGGAGAAGGAUUAUCCUAACUCCUACAGGGAACAGCAGUCAGAGGAGCCCUCCUUCUCCUCAGAGCAUCUUACAGAGAAAAAGGAGGGGCUGGAGGAGGCAGCUCCAGAGCUGAGGGAACAGGAGGAGCAGUGUGGCUCAGCUGAAAAACUCUGUGAAGUUCCAAAUGGGAAUCUGUCUGAGCCUGUGAGAGUGCUGUCUCCUAUAGCUGUGCCCUCAGACCUCCUGGCUGACCUCACCCAGUUGGCCACGUUGUAUACGGAGAUGAGCUGCUUCAGAAAACAGGAGCAUGAACAGGCUUUGGAGUGCAAUGUGUUCCUGCGCCGCUUCUUCUUCCUGCUGGAUCAGGAGCGAGUGAGGAGGAUGUGUCUUCUGUGUCAGGGGGAGCAGGCGGAGGUGCAGCGCUCCUUCAUUGAGGCCAUGCUAGAAGUCACUCAGUCUUCUAAGGUGGUGGAGGUGAUUCACAGAGGUGACCUGCUGAGAUCUCUGCGCAGUCUGAGAGAGCUGCAGCCCUGGAGUGCACCUCCUCUCCUGGCUCACCUCUACAGGCUGUAUGAGAAACAUGGAGAGGCAGCUGUCCGGUCUUGCUGCCAGUUUUAUCCCACCAUAACUCCUGCUGACAUAUGGACUAUGGCCCAACAAAGCCACUUCCUGGCCUACCUGGACAAUCUUGUCCAGUCACAAAGUGAGGGGCAAAGGUUGUCAUUUUUGCAGACACUUCUUGAGCCAGAAUCACUGAAACAGGAUUGGUUAGAGCUGGCACUUACCCAUGAUGCUCCUCAGCGCUGUGAUACCGUAACCCCCGAUGGUCAGCCUAGGUGGCGUUCACAUCGCUUCAGUUGGGGUUAUGGACGUCUGUUGUCACUGCUGAUACGAUUACCUGCAAACCUGCCCUCCAAACACAAGAUGGCAGACUCGUGCCGCACUCACGGGUACUGGAUGGGAUACCUGUACCUCUGCUGUGAGCUGCAGGACCGAGCGGAGGCGUUUUCCACCGUGUGUCAGCUGAAUGACAUCAGUCUGCUGGAGGAGCCUGAGGGUGUUGAACCUCAAACCUUGGAUGAGUGGAAGCUUCUCAUCAAUUUGUCUCAACAGUGUGGCUGCGUGGUGGACUCGGAGCAGGGCCGAGGCCCAGAUGAAACAAGUUUGUCCAAUGGUUCUGAGGACUGUAGAGGAAGGAUCAGCCUGGAGAACCUCACACUGAUGCUAGCCCGAAAAACUGGACCAGACCGAGCGUUAGCUAUCUUGGAGGAGUGUGGAGCACCGCUGGUUCUGUCGCCUCACUCCAAAAUGGUCUGUGAGCUUCUGAGACUCACCGAGAAGAGACAAAGGGCGAUGAUCCAGAUGAUGCUUGAACGCUGUGACCGGUUCCUGUGGUCCCAGCAUGCUUAGCUCCACAUGAGCAGCUGCUCUGAGCCAAACCAGAAACACAUACUUGUGUAUGCACAGCAUAUGCUAAUUACUGUAUACAGUACACAUACAUCUUCCUCCUG